GCGUGGAGAGAAACAUUUUGUAAAACAAAAUACAUCAGUGAACGCGUUACCGCGAAAUAUUAAGAGUGUUUUUCUUUGUGAAACAUUAUUCUAGUCAGAAAUAUGUCUGAGGCUUUCUUUGACGAGUACGAUUACUACAACUUUGAACAGGACAAGCACAUUUUCUCCAGUCACAGUGGCAAACAACGCACGAAGAAGGAGGUGAGCGAGCACACUAAUCACUUCGAUCCGUCCGGCCAUUCGAGAAAGAUCGUUAAGAAGUUUGUUAAUACUGAAACUAACAAGAAGGUUGUGAAUAAGAAUUAAAUGGGUUUUUGAAUAAAAGACGACUAUGGCUUGUGAAUGGGACGUUGAUUUAAUGCCAAACGAAAGGAGGAUAUUAUGGCGGAUACCC